GCAAAUAAAUCACAAGUUGCAAGUCGGCCAGGCCUUUGACUGUGAGAAAUGGAGACUAAAAAGCAGAACUAGAGUUAAAGAGUAAAGGGUUUUCAGAUGUGAGUCCAGCCCAACUUGGGUGUGCUCACUUUUAUUUGAGAGCCUCCACCCCUUUAAAAGGCAAGACAGUCCUAAAGAAAUGCACUGGAGAGGGGAAGAGCUUGCUGCCAAGGCGCAGGGCAGACAGACAGAUCCUCGAGGAACAUCUGGUAACCUAACAGCGGGUAACACCGAUCUGACAUCUGGUAACCGAGGGUAAUGCCGCGUCUAGCUGCUUCCACCCCUGUCUAGUUUCCUGUUAUGCCUUGCAGGGCUCGGUGUUAGAAGUUCAGGCUCAGUCUAGAUGGUCGUCAGUCAGUAGGGGAAACUCUCCUAUGUUCACUUUCUCUGACAUGAAGGGAGCGCUUGUUUUCUUUGCGGUGCUCCUCUCUGUUCUUUCUGAUGUUAUCCCCGAAGAGAGAGGAUUCUCCAGUGGAUUAGGUUGUGGGAAUAAGUAUGUUAACUGUGAACAAUACUGUGAGGUUUGUGAGGCGUAUCCCCCAAGGACGGAGUGCUACGCGACCUUAUUUAAGGAAACCUGCUACAGUCAUUUUGUAGGUGGCAUGGAGUCAUUAAACAACACAGACUGGUGCAACUGGAACAAUGUGAAGAGGAUGUAUAACACCUUCACCAUGUGCACGGAGGAGAUAGCAGAGUGUCUGCUGAUCCCCUGGCCCAACAGGAUGGUGGAGAAUGAGUUUGUAAACAUCCACUCCAGGUUCUUCCGGGACUGUCCCAACGAGGCGCUGAGCGACCCGCCGCCCAGCAUCGUGUUUGCCCUGGUGAUGACCCCCAUCUGCCUCAUCCCCAUCAUGGUGGUCCUGGUGGUGCUCAAGACCAAGAACGGAGAUGGCAGCUCCUGAUAGGACGUCCUGGAUCAGUCCUCAUCCACCCUGCCUCACCUCCAUGUUCAGACUCACUCUCUCCAUCCCCUGAGGAUUCAAGACUGGGGCCAUUGACUCAACUAUUUUACAGAGAACUGCUUAUCAUCUUCCACCCUCUGAUGAUUGGCAUAUCUCUGUGGAGUCCUAUCAAAACAACCUCACAGCCCAAACACCUGACACAUUACCUUUUUGGAUGCACUGAUACAGAAUGAGUUGUACCACAUGAGCAUCGUCCAAGGAUACAGGGGUUCAAGAAAGGGUCCAUCUGUGUUGUGUAGCGUGUCAGGUCAACAUCCUCUGGGUUGCUUCUUGAAAACUCAUCUUCUCCUCAUUCCUCGAUGCUCCUCUAACCAAAAGUGGUGACAGCUAUGCAAACGUUUCGACUCCCUACACACCUUAGGAAAGUAUGUAAGAUAGUAGGGUUUAUGGACUUAUGUCAUUCUUGACAAUCCAUUCCAUCACCAUCGCCAUCCUGUCCCAGAUGUGAACCCUAACAGCGACUAUGCUAAAAUAGUUACAUGUUUUACAAUAUUUUUAUUUUAUAUAGUGGAAUUCCUGCCCUCUGGCUGGGAAAACGUGAGUGUUGCAUUGCUGGACAUUCCAAUUGAGUUGAUAACCAAUGACAAAGGAAUUCUGUUUGAGGAAUUCCCACUCUCCAUUUACAUUUUAGUCAUUUAGCAGACUUACAGUAGCGAAUGCAUACAUUUCAUGCAUUUCAUACAUUUUUUCCCCCCGUACUGGUCCCCCGUGGGAAUCGAACCCACAACCCUGGUGUUGCAAACACCAUGCUCUACCAACUGAGCCACACGGGACCGUGUGGCUCAUGGUCUGUACACUCAGGAAAAAAGGUGCUAACUAGAACCUAAAAGGGUUCUUCGGCUGUCCUCAUAGAACCCAUUGAAGAACCUUUUUUGGUUCCAGGUAGAACCCUUUUAAUAGAACCCCUUUUGGUUCAAAGUAGAACCCUUUCCACAGAGGGCACUACAUGGAACCCAAAAGAGUUGUGCAUAGAACCAAAAAGGGUUCUCCUAUGGGGACAGCCGAAGAACCCUUUUGGAACCCUUUUUUCUAAGAGUGUAGUUAUCCGUAUAGGAUCUCCAUCAUGUUUAUUUCUGUAUGUAACUACAGAACAAAACGUGAUGUACCCUCUCACCUGGUAGCUUUCCUGUCCUUGAAUGUGUUUUGUGUAUAUUUGAGAGCCCUCUUUGCCCCCGAGUGUAGGGUUAAGAAUGUAUGUGGUAUGGGGUGGGUGUAGGAAGGCCAUGAUGAAGGGGUUUGGCCAAGCAUCAGUCUGUGUUGGGGUCAGGGACUAGACACAAUGGGUGGGUAGCCUACGCCCAACAUGUAGUCUAUGAGAUCUGUUUCCAGGAAUUGUCUAUUUCCCAGCGCCUCAACCUCUCUCUCUCUCUCCCUCUUGACAAUGACGGUCCCCACUGUCGCCCAUGAUGAGCCAGUCGACGCAUGCCUGAGAGUUGAAUCAAGCAUUUGAUCAAAAGACUACAAACAUUUGGUCUUCCCCCCGGCUCAGUGUAGCAGUGAGCACUGACUGAAGACAGAAGGAAAAACAAAUGUUUAUCUUUCCUCUACUUAAACGGUAUAAGAACUGUUUGUUUCAUUUUUUAUUAUGCUGUCGUGAAUGACACUGAAAGCAUUGAAUUGCAUUCAGUUUCAGAAACAAAGAAAUAUGUAUGCUUAUGUAUUGUAUUUCUGCUCUUACUCUGGUCAUAAGACUUACUAGACUUUGUACUGUCUGUGAGAGGGGUGUGGGUCUUAGUCAAAGCAUAGCCUCUUUCCUUACACAAUGUACUGUAUAUAAUUAUAUUUUGCAAUUAAAUAUAUUAAAGCCAAA